UAUUUAUACACAAACCCACACAAGUCCCUCCCACCAUCAUUCCCAAUAUUUCUGAUCCGCUUUGCUUUGUUGUCUAAGCUCCUAAAUUUCCCUUCAAUCCCAAAUCCCAUUUGCCCGAUCCCUUCCUCAAGUUUUCAUCUUUUUGGGGGCUUCUCUUGAAUUGUGUCGCCCACAAAAUGAUACCAACAAAGCAUGGCCACAGAUUCUUCAAGUUCCGUGGUGCGCGGGCAAUCCCUCAGUCUCUACACUCUCUCUCGGCUUUUUGAUUCCCAAAGCUGUCCCACCUCAGAACCCCCACAGUUAUUGCUUCUUAUCCUCCAUCUAAUACGCCUUGGAUAAAAUCUCAAGAAUCCCACAUCUCCAAAAGUGAGAUUGUCCUUUGUUUUUUAUCUGAUUCUCUUACUUUUCUACCUUUUCCAUCAAAAACAAACAUUUCACUCUCAUUCUUCUGUCAAAUCGUACAUCCGGACCGUAUCUUCCUAAUAUUCCACAACUUUCACUCUGUUUUUCUAAAUGGUUCCUAAUAAGAAGUACGACUUCUCACGUGCGGUUGUAGAGAUGGCAUGGAUCAUGCUGAGGAUUGACUACUCCAGGCUCUUCUGGCUCCUCUUUGGCGUCUUCUCAUACGAAAACCACGAGGGAAAGCCGCGGAUUUAGAACUCGUUUUCUUUGAUUAGAGUUCAUCGAUCAGCACUCCUAGUUUCUACUUGCCUAAAACAAAUUAGUCACGUGAUAAUCUGAAUUCCUUGACGCCUGCGGGUUUCGGGUUUCUGUUCCUAGUCCUGCUGUAUUUCUUCACCAAAGUUUAGCUAGGUAGGCGCAUGCAACGCUUGGACAACAAGGAGGUUGGUAGCCCAAACAUGUAUCGGAAGAAUAUUGGAGAGCGCACCCACGAAUCCAUAUCAGAAACUGAAUACUUGGAAACCGAUCCCACUGGUCGAUACGGCAGAUCUGAUGAAGUUCUUGGAAAAGGAGCAAUGAAGAAAGUGUACAAGGCAAUUGACCAGCUCCUUGGGAUUGAGGUGGCGUGGAACCAAGUAAAACUGAAUGAGGUGCUUCGCUCACCGGAGGAUUUGCAGCGGCUGUAUUCAGAGGUUCACCUGCUCAGAACCCUUAAACAUGACUCCAUAAUUCGAUUCCACACUUCCUGGAUUGAUGUUGAUCGCAGGACAUUCAACUUCAUUACCGAAUUGUUUACCUCGGGGACACUAAGAGAAUACAGGAAGAAAUAUAAGAAAGUAAACAUCCGAGCUGUUAAGAGCUGGGCACGCCAAAUCUUACGGGGCCUUGUUUAUCUUCAUGGUCUUGAUCCUCCAGUAAUUCAUAGAGAUCUCAAGUGUGAUAACAUCUUUGUCAAUGGCCAUCUUGGACAAGUCAAAAUUGGUGAUCUAGGACUUGCUGCGAUUCUUCAUGAUUCCCGAUCUGCCCACAGUGUCAUAGGCACCCCAGAGUUCAUGGCACCAGAAUUAUAUGAAGAAGAUUACAAUGAGCUCGUUGACGUGUACUCAUUUGGCAUGUGUGUUUUGGAGAUGCUGACAUCUGAAUAUCCAUAUGGUGAAUGUGCCAACCCUGCUCAAAUCUACAAGAAAGUGACAUCGGGGAAGCUGCCAGGAGCAUUCUACCGAAUUGAAGACUUGGAAGCACAGAAAUUCAUUGGAAGAUGCUUAGUAACUGCUUCAAAGAGAUUGUCAGCAAAAGAAUUAUUGCUCGACCCUUUUCUAGCAUCUGAUGAAGAUGAACAGUUAUCUAUGACAAAGCUAGGAAGUCAGAAGGCAUUUUUAAAUAAAGGGGAAAUGGAGAAACUACAAUCAAGCCAUGAUCCACACAAGACAGACAUGACAAUCACGGGGAAGCUCAAUCCUGAUGAUACCAUCUUUCUUAAAGUGCAUAUUGCCCAUAAGGAUGGCUCUCCGAGGAACAUAUUUUUUCCUUUUGACAUUUUAACGGACACUCCAAUUGAUGUUGCAACGGAGAUGGUGAAGGAGUUGGAGAUCUCUGAUUGGGAACCAUUUGAAAUUGCAUAUAUGAUUGAAGGAGAGAUUUCUGCUUUAGUACCCCAUUGGAAAAGAUGGGACCUGUCUCAUCCUGAAGCCUACCAUACUUUUAACUAUCAAGAUGAAGACAACGAUGAUGAUCGGGGCCCUCAUCAUCCUUUUCAAUCUUUCUCCUCCCUUUCAUCAUCCGACGGAUCAGCAUCAGUCUUGAUGAGGAUUGAUGAAAUGGCAAACCAGCGUGGUUGGUUCCAAGAUAAUUUGCUUGAUGAUGCCAGCUCUCAAAGCUCUUCACACUCAGGAACAUAUUCGAACGUAGAUUACUACUCUGGUAAUGAGCAAGAGCCCAGCACAAGUCCUAGAAGAGGAUACCAACAUGCAGCCAUAACGAGUCACAACUGUACCAGGUUUUGUCCUGGGGAAGCAGUCCAAAAAUGGCUGCCGUCCAUGGCUAGUAGACAAUGGGGAGUUUCACAAGAAUCGCAUGGAGCCUCUGGCUCUACUUGUAAAGGUAAGGGGAUGGUGGACAACCGUAGGCUAACGAGAAACAGAUCACUGGUAGAUACACGUAGCCAAUUACUGCACAGGUCAUUGGUGGAGGAGGUAAACAAGCGGCGGUUGUCUAAGACAGUUGGAGCUGUGGAAAAUAUUGGGUUUCAAGCUCCAUGUGAGGUUUCUAAAAUGGAGUCAAAGCCAUCAAAGCAGAAGAAUAGGAAAAUGCUUCAGUGAGAAAAGAUUCAAAAUUUGAAGAUUUGAUCGACAAACACAUGCAAAAUGCUUAAUUCAUGGUGGUGAUGGUACGAGACUUUAGCACACUCAAGGUCAUGUGCGUGAGAGUGAGAAUCUAGAUGGUAUUUUAUGUACAAAUGUCUACAUUACAUAUAUAUAAUAUAGAAUCUUCUGUUUGAGAAUAAAUGCUUGUAUGAAACGGUUGGUGUAUAAAUUAAAAAAAAAUAGUUUAAUCCAUUCCUA